AGCCGGUGCGCGCCGCCAUUGUGGCCAGUUCGAUCGGUAUCGGGAGCGGAGAGCGGAGCUCAGCGAGCCCGGAGCAGGGAGCAGCCCCCCCACGGCCGGCCUCAGUCACCAUCACACCGCGGGAGGCGGCGCAAACAGCAGUCACCACCACCGUCCGCACCGAACAGCCGCCGCCAUGAGCAGCGAGGCCGAGACCCAGCCGCCCGCCGCCCCCGUCCCCGCGGCGGCCCCCGCCGCCCCCGCCGACUCUAAGCCAAACGGCGGGACCGGGAACGGGGGCAGCGGCCUGGCCUCGGCGGCGCCUCCCGCUGGCGGGGACAAGAAGGUCAUCGCAACGAAGGUUUUGGGAACAGUGAAAUGGUUCAACGUGAGGAACGGUUACGGCUUCAUCAACAGGAAUGACACCAAGGAAGAUGUGUUUGUCCAUCAGACUGCCAUAAAGAAGAAUAACCCCAGGAAGUACCUCCGCAGCGUAGGAGAUGGAGAGACCGUGGAGUUUGAUGUGGUUGAGGGAGAAAAGGGCGCGGAGGCAGCCAAUGUCACAGGACCUGGUGGAGUUCCAGUGCAGGGCAGUAAAUACGCAGCAGAUCGUAACCAUUACAGACGAUAUCCACGUCGUAGGGGUCCUCCACGCAACUACCAGCAAAACUACCAGAACAGUGAGAGUGGGGAAAAGAAUGAAGGAGCAGAGAACAUACCAGAAGGUCAAGCCCAGCAACGCCGUCCCUAUCGCAGGCGGCGGUACCCACCUUACUAUAUGCGUAGGCCCUACGGGCGUCGUCCACAAUAUACCAACCCUCCCGUGCAGGGAGAGAUAGUGGAGGGUGCUGACAACCAGGGUGCAGGAGACGGCAGACCAGUCAGGCAAAACAUGUACCGGGGUUACAGACCAAGAUUCCGCAGCUUGACUUUCAGGGGUCCUCCUCGUCAAAGACAGCCUAGAGAGGACGGAAAUGAAGAAGAUAAAGAGAACCAAGGGGAUGAAACCCAAAGUCAGCAGCCACCUCAACGUCGGUACCGCCGUAAUUUCAACUACCGACGCAGACGCCCAGAGAACCCUAAACCACAAGAUGGCAAAGAGACGAAGACAGCCGAACCACCAGCUGAGAACACGUCCGCUCCCGAGGCUGAGCAGGGCGGGGCUGAGUAAAUACCGGCUUAACAUCUCUACCAUCAUCCGG